CAACAACUUAGCCAGUCGGUGCAUGUGUUUUGCAGUGUGAUGUAUAAUAAUAGACAGGUAUCGAUUGUUAAACGCCCGAGUCGCGUCCUAAUAACGCCGUCUCUCCAUAAUGUUGAGUUUGUCAUUCGUUUGAACCCCUACUGCUCCCGCGGCACCAGCGUUAUAAGCUAUCAGGUCAGGUCUGUCAAUGCUCAAAGCGCCGAGUCUGCGGAUCAUCUAUCUAUCGUCUUUACCAUUCUUUCAUCGUGAUUCACGCUCUUGGCAUAGAACAAUACACAGACCCUGUCAGGUCAAAGAGACAAGCAUUGAACUCGAGGUUCCGUUGCUCAGAUAAACCCGGUAAAGACCCAUCAAAUUCCUGGUAGACAACGGACCCAAAGGUAAGAACGACGUGAGGAUAAAAGCAUGGAACCCAAGCCAAGAACCGCCGGCCCCCCCAGAAAGGACUCAAAGAGGACCCUCUUCCCAAGACUCUCUCCACCAAAAGGGACGCCCCACCCUACCCUAGCUGCUUCUGGGUAGUUGAAGACGUGUGUGUGUGUGGGAGCGUGCCAAGUCGAGAGAGGCGUGUGCUAGAGGCUAGAGGCGUGUCGCCGGACCACAGGGUGUCCCAGGCCUGAGGCGUGUACCCACCUCUAGGAGAACGCCGGGAGGCUCAGAGGGCCUAGAAGAGAGGCGUUGCUUGUGGUUGAGCAAAAGUUGAUAGUGAAAGGGAAGCACGAGAACAGGAAUAAGAGGAGCAAGAUGGACCAGGAGGCCUACUGAGGCGAUGUUGUAGUCACAGAAUAUGAUGCCAGCUGCUUCUUCUAUAGCAAAACCCGCUCUCCGUUUCCAUUCCCAAGGUCGAGAAUUAGUGGAAGCCAGCAGCAACAAGCGAGUUAUCGAUCGAGCCACAAACGAUCUAGCAACGAUCCAGCAACGCCCACCGGCGGCGCCCGCGCAAUCCAAUCUCGAAAACAAUAUUAAACUGGCCAUACAAUACAGAAACUGUCACAGUAACGAGUAUUUUAAACCAAAUUGUUAUCGUGCAGUUGUUUGGGUAAAUACAACUCAACAGGGAACCUCCCAGUUUUGACACUAUCUAUCAUAUAAAACAAGAAUAUACGGACUCUCGCUAUUAGUUCCCAACUCUGAUUAGAGUAGAGACCCUUGGACCCUUUGAAUAACGACAGCGAAUUCAAAUUCAGGCUGGUUCACCGUGCAGUGCAAGUGUUUGACCCAAUAUGUACGUACCUGUUAUUCUCUAUUCUCUUUCCGUACCUACGGCACCUCUCAAUCUCAAUCAUUCAUUCGAUGGGCCAAGAAGAGAGCAUCCCAACGGGAGGGCAAUCUUCGGCGAGGCUUUCGCCACUUACCCAAGUCAGCUGCCCCACCAAAGGGCUCCAAACACUGAAGCAAAAGGCCUGAAUACGCAUUGCUGCUGGCACCUGGUCUUCACUGCCUUCCACUGGCUGCUUUUCCAUGUUGCUAAAAGCUGAGCUGGUGCUGGGACCUGAUAGAGGGGCAAUUGGCGACCGAUGUCGUAGUUAGCUGGAGGGAAAGGGCUUAGGUGUGCUGAAUCCCUAGGGCAUCUAUCAUCCAUCCCUACUGAGCUGAGCUGAUGUGAUGGUGUCGCCCUGUGCUCACUACAUUCACGCACUCACUCACUCGUACCUGCCAACCAUUCCAUCAUCCAAUACUGUUCAAAGCAUUGCUUGCUUCAGAUUUGAGGUGCUGUUAGUUGUGCUGUAGUAGAGUGCACACCCUGCGGAAACCGUGGCACUCCGACACCCAUUGCCAUCCAUCACCGGUUGCUUGUCCUGGACUGGCGCUGCGAGCGAAUGGAUGCUCGUCGGAGUUGCGCUUGCCCAAAAUCUGGAUAGGUGGGCACCUGCCCUGCUGCACCUGGCACCUGGCGUCCGGCAUCCUGCCCCCGGCACCUUGCACCUUCCCCCCCUGCACCCUGCACUUGCAUUUGCGCUUGCACUUGCACUUGCACCUGCACUGGUAGUGGCACCUGCUUGAGUCGUAGGUUCGGCUCAAAGCAAAGCAAGCAGGACAAGGACAAGACUUAGACCGCACUCGUCUUUCGAGCCUCGAGUCUUUCUUUUAACCCUUCAACAUCUUCAACUCGUGCCUCUUCCACAGUCUCCCCGCCACUCACUCGUUUUUCGGCCCCUCUGUCCCGUCAAUUGCCACGGGCAGGGCGAUGCUUUGUCCGCGGUGAACGCCUUUCCCUUCCUCUAUCGACGUCGUCCUAUUUCUCGGAUUCAAUAGUUCACAUAUGGGCUUGCCGCUCUUUGACACCGAACGACGCUCACAACUAUUUUAGUCCGCCAUCAUGGCUACCACCGACGACACCGCGACCAUUUCCCUCCGCGGUGCAGGCCGUGAUGAUCUACCUCUAGCCGAUUAUAUCUUGCGCAAAACGCAAUACCUCUACGCCCUCAUCCUACUUACAGCAUUCAUAUCUUGCGCCGCUUGGUACAGCGUCGUGAACUCCAAGAAACAAGAAGACCUGGUCCAGCCUACAGUUAAAGGACCUGGAGGCAAGCCAUUACCCAUAACCAAGAGGAAGCGAGCCCGAGGCGAUGGUGACCGCAAGAUCGGCCCAGGUUUUGGCCGUACCGCAAAAAAUGUUUUUCGUUACCUCGCCUUCGUUGUCUUCAUGACCUAUGUGGGCAGCGCUGGAUUCAUGUUUUAUCAUGCUUUCUGGUACGAAGACCCUUACCAAUGGUCCAACGAGGGGUUGCCAUGGGCUGGUGAAUGGAGUGUUGUCCAUGUUACCGGGUCCCUUUUCUUCUACCUUUAUAUCCUCAUCUCGCUUUUCGAUUGGCGCAAGGGCCCUAAUAUUGUUCACUUCAUUAUCUGGAUCUUGGGCUUCAUUGGCGAGAUUAUCAUGUUCUCUACAACGGCAGUUGCGGCUGUUGAUUGCCACUUCUUCCGCUCUGUUAAAAACAGCGGCUCAGACAAGGAAGGAAACUGUGUAGAUUACUGGACCAAGAUCGACCUCGUCCUCUAUUUCGUUCGAAUACUCCAUCUACUUGCCUUGGUCGGAGUCUUUAGCUUGGCAUGGAUUCGGAAAGCUCGCGACACUGACGAGAAGAAAGCCGAGGAAGCCAACCCAGCCGAGUCAACACCACUACUGAACGGAAACCGCCGGUCGUAUGAGACUAAUGGUCAAGCGGUCAAUGGCCAGAUUCCUAAUGGUCGUGAUACCAAUGGUCGCCGUGGGCGCGGUAGAACGAUCUCGAACGCACACAAGACGCCAAGUUUCCCUAAAAAGGAAGAACCUGCGGCCUUUUAUCGACCCGAGAAGCUACCACACAAGACGUGGUGGGAGUAUCUUAAGGGGUACUCACUUUUCUUCCCUUACCUUUGGCCUAAGGACUCUGUCAGACUUCAGAUAAAUGUUCUCAUCUGCUUCAUCUUGGUCAUGCUACAGCGUUUGGUCAACGUAGCUGUUCCGAUGGCAGUCAAACAAGUGGUAAAUGAUCUCGAGGAGGUGAUCAAAGAUGUUCAAGAUGGCGAACGCCUUUCAAUGGACAACUUCCCACUGAAAGAUUUUUUGAUUCUGGGAAUCUUGUGGAUCCUUCAAGGCCAAUCGGGACUUCUGGGAUCGUUGAGAUCAAUUCUUUGGAUUCCCGUCUCGCAAUAUUCGUAUCGGGGACUAACGACAGCGGCUUUCAACCACGUCCACUCUCUGAGUCUCGAUUUCCACCUCUCUAAGCGCACUGGAGAGGUCCUGUCAGCACUCAACAAAGGUUCUUCUAUUAACCAAUUUCUUGAGCAAGUGACCUUCCAGGUUUUCCCCAUGCUUUUCGAUCUUUUCCUCGCAAUCUCGGUUUUCUACUAUUAUUACGGCCCACUGUAUGCUGAGAUCAACCUGGUUGAUACUUGUUGGUAUCUCUACAUGACUAUCAAGAUGGCUUCCACUCGAGCGGAUCAGCGUCGUGAAAUGACCAACGCCGACCGCGAAGAGGAAGCAGUAAAGAACGACUCAAUCUCUAGUUACGAAACAGUCAAAUACUUCAACGCCGAAGAUUUCGAGUCCAGACGGUACCAAGGCAAGGUUGCAGUGUUCCAAAAUGCCGAGGCAAAGGUUCAGAUGGGCAUGAUGAUGAUGAACAUUUGCCAAACCGUUGUUUUCAACCUCGGUAGGAUCAUCGCUGCCUUGGUCUGUGGCUGGCAAGUCGCCAUGGGUAUGGAUCGUCGCACCACUGGUGACUGGUUCAUGGUAGUCUCAUACUUGACACAACUACAGGGUCCCCUGAACUUUUUUGGCACUUUUUACCGGACUGUACAGCAGGCGAUGAUCUCAGGCGAGAGAUUACUCGAGCUUUUCAAGAUCCAGCCAACUGUAGUGGAUACGCCCCAUGCUGUCCCUUUGGGCAAGGACUUCCAAGGUCAUGUGCGUUGGAACAACGUUAGCUUCUCCUAUGACCGACGAAAACCCGCGCUACGCAACAUUUCCUUCGAAUGUCUGCCUGGCACCACAACAGCGUUUGUGGGCGAGUCAGGUGGAGGCAAGUCUACUUUGUUUCGCCACAUGUUCCGUUACUACGACUGCGACGAGGGAUCGAUUGAGUUGGACGGGAAGAAUGUCAAGGAUCUGACCAUCAACUCAGUCAGAGAGAAGAUUGGUGUCGUUCCCCAGGACACAACGCUUUUCAAUGAGACCUUGAUGUACAACCUUAAGUAUGCAAGACCCUCCGCGACAGACGAAGAAGUUUACGAAGCAUGCCGUGCCGCCAGCAUCCAUGACCGCAUCCUAUCAUUUCCAGAUCAAUACAGCACGCAAGUCGGCGAGCGAGGUCUCCGUUUGAGCGGUGGCGAAAAGCAGCGAGUCGCCAUCGCGCGAACAAUUCUCAAGGACCCUCGUAUCAUCAUGCUGGACGAGGCCACAUCAGCACUAGACUCCCAUACUGAGCAGGAGAUUCAAGACAAUGUGUGGAACAUUGGGCAGGGCCGAACUUUGCUCAUCAUUGCACACCGACUAUCUACGAUCACACACGCCGAUCAAAUCAUUGUUCUUAACUCUGGAACAAUUGUUGAGAAGGGAACUCACGAAGAACUCCUGGCCGCUAAGGGGCGAUAUGCCUCUAUGUGGGAGAAGCAAAUCCGAGCCGAGCGAGCCCUCAACGUGGCUCGUGAAGCGCAACUGAAAGCUGCCAGGGCCCUUCGUAAGGCUAAAAUGGGACCAAAAAGGAAUUCAGACGGUGCUAUUGACAGCUACAACAGUCUGGGAUCCUCAGGAAGCAUAUCCGGCUCAGGUUCACAAGGCCAUGAGGAUGAUACACACACAUCCUCUUCGUCAUGCUCAGACGCAGAGUCGAGCCACAGCGAGGAGCACUCGAUGGAGCGAAAGUAAGCUGUUGCUUCACGUUUCAGCACUCUAGUGUUUCACCAAUAUACACGACCUCACUGUCAAACGUCGUGACAUCUUCACCAUCGAGUAUUGACGCUACCCUCUAACUUAAUUCUCAUCACAACUCUUCCACGUUAUCAUUUUAUCUACUUGGCUUACGAAGCACCAUCUCCGCCUACGACGUUUCACCCAUAGGUUCGGCAUCAAGACUGCAUCGGAUCGGUGUUGAGGCGUUUUGCUUCUAGUGUUUAAUGCAUCGGAUCAUCGGAAUCCGACUAAUCAUCUCGAAACAGCCUGCAUCAAGGCACUCGAGUGAAUAUUUUCAACCUUAUCAUCAAGGCAAUAGGAAGGAGGGGUAAUGCAGUCAAACGUUUGCGUUGCAAUGUGCUAUAUAUAGCAUAGUAAUUGUCAUGGCAGGGUACAUAUGCAGGCGUUUACGGAUAUCACGAUUUGCUUUUGAAGUGGGACAUGGCUUAGGCUGAAUAUAAGGGGCAUAUGGAUUGAUCUGAAUUUCUCUUAUCUGCGACGACCGGCUCGACGCUCUCGGCACAGCAAACGACAUUGCACACAUGACGUCUUCAGAAGAGGAUGCAAAUGAGUGGUUGAGGGAUGCGAGGUCUUUAUACAGGAGACUUCUAGGUCUUUUAGACAAACAGACCGCUCAUGCGGGGGGAAACGGUUAUGAAUCGACUGGCUCUUUCAAGAAGGGGGCGGCGGGUGAAUGGUUGCUACUUAGGACGAGGAGAAAAUAAUGGCCUCUUGCUAUCUUACGGUCGAUGGUCUAAAAGCUCUGGAAGAGGAGGCAGGGACACUGUUCGACAGAAGACAACAAGCCGAGUCAUGUCCAUUUCGGGGCCGAACAAAGUAUGUAAUGCAAGGUAGUUUACCUGAGUCAAGCAUAUUGAAGUAUGGACUAGCAUGGCAUAGCAAGCAUAGCAGGCGAGUAAUCGAAUGAAGUCUUUCUGUUCUAACUCUUAGUCAGUGAUUCGCUUUGGUAUUUCCACGUGUCGUUAUAUGCCGGAAUAUGUGUAACGAACUAAUCGCCCGUUACCACGACGUGUUUCAACUCGUUUCGAGCGUGCAAACGUUUGAGGAAAUGCGUUGUUGUCGUGUUUUACGGACCGUCCUCCGUUCCGUUACAUUGAGGCUGUGCUCGGUAGAAUUGACCCCACUUGACCCGGACCCGCCACCCCGGAUACCGGGAUCCACGGCGAGGGGGGCCUAACAAGCGCCUCACCGUAGUAGCAUCGACCCCUGAAAGGGAAUAUAUUUUGACGCCAUUAGGAAAUGGUAUGGGGCAUCCGAGACUCGGUUACUGUAAGUCGUUGCUUGUCUUCUGUAUGUCUGCGGCGUAUGGCUAUCUCCCGGCGGCUAACCUCCGCGGAUCUCAUCCCUAUGUCGCACAUUCUUCAUCCUGUGAUGAUGUGCUGCGCCGCCUGAUUACUUGAUUCUUAGCGUACGGCGUGCGUAGAGUACCUAUUCACAUAUAAAGUUGUAUCAAUGUCGCAGUGCAUACAAGCCCUGUCCCGAGUGGAUGUGUACACUUUAAACUGCCAUUCUUCCCGCCGAACAAGAGGGCAUGCCCAUGCACGCAUGCAUGCAUGCAUGCAUUGUGCAGAUAUUCUCUUUCAGACUGCAUCUUGAGUCUCGCUACUACGCUAAGAAAUUCAAGUGGACUGACUGCGACAUAGUAGAGUUACCCACGAUUCAGACAGGCGAAUGAUAGGUUCACGUUUUAUUUCUGACUUAUCUCCCAUGCAUGACCUUUCUCACCGUACGGAGGAGAUAUUGGAG